CACCUCAUCACUAUAAAUACGAGUUCCAACCUUCUUGCCCUCUUUUUCCUCCCACUUCCGCUUCUUCUUCCUUGGCUUCUGCUGCCACCGAGUCCGCCUCCGACUCCGGCAUUGGGUUGCUGGCGGGGUCGCCGGAAUCUGGCCCGGCAGCUUUCGCGUUUCCGGCUGUCGGCAGACCCCGAGGGCCUGGUUCUUUGUUCCUUUGAACAAUUUGAAGGGAGGCCAAGGGAGGAGGACUCGUACUCGUCAUGGAAGGAGUCCACGAGAACAAUCUCAGGCACGUAGACUCGCAGUGUACGAUCUCGGACGCGGAUGAUUGUGAUUUCUCGCGAUUACUCGACAAGCCGAGGGCGUUGAAGAUAGAGAGAAAGCGAUCGUUUGACGAGAGGUCGCUCACUGAAUUGACGCUGUGCUAUUCCCCUCGGGUGUCAAGGAAUAUGGAAAUCAGCCGGUGCUUGGAGAAUUACGAUAGUAUAUGCUCUCCUGGGAUAAGGUCCGGGUUCAACACACCGGCAUCGUCUGCCAGGAACUCCUUUGAGCCACAUCCUAUAGUCGCCGAGGCAUGGGAGGCUCUGCGAAGAUCGUUGGUCUACUUCCGGGGUCAACCUGUUGGCACCAUCGCUGCCCUUGACCACACAGAAGAAGCUCUAAACUACAAUCAGGUCUUUGUUAGGGACUUCGUGCCUAGUGCCCUGGCUUUCCUGAUGAAUGGUGAACCAGACAUAGUAAAAAAUUUUAUCUUGAAGACACUUGUUCUCCAAGGCUGGGAGAAAAGAAUUGACCGUUUCACACUAGGAGAAGGUGCAAUGCCUGCUAGCUUCAAGGUGCUCCACGAUCCAGUUCGAAAUUCGGACACCAUAAUUGCUGAUUUUGGUGAGAGUGCAAUUGGUCGAGUUGCUCCAGUGGACUCUGGAUUUUGGUGGAUCAUCUUACUCCGUGCCUACACAAAGUCUACUGGGGAUUUAUCCCUUGCAGAGACUCCUGAGUGUCAAAGAGGAAUCAGGUUAAUAUUGAGUCUGUGCCUUUCAGAAGGCUUUGACACAUUUCCAACACUCUUAUGUGCAGAUGGCUGCUCCAUGAUAGAUAGACGGAUGGGUAUAUAUGGUUACCCUAUUGAAAUUCAAGCACUCUUCUUCAUGGCAUUGAGGUGUGCUCUUUCCAUGCUUAAACAUGAUGCAGAGGGUAAAGAAUUUAUUGAAAGAAUUGUGAGAAGGUUGCAUGCUUUGAGUUAUCAUAUGCGAAGUUACUUCUGGCUUGAUUUCCGGCAGCUAAAUGACAUUUAUCGCUACAAGACCGAGGAAUAUUCUCAUACAGCAGUUAACAAAUUCAAUGUCAUUCCUGAUUCAAUCCCAGACUGGGUAUUUGAUUUUAUGCCAACUCGUGGAGGGUACUUUGUUGGAAACGUUAGUCCUGCUAGAAUGGACUUCCGAUGGUUUGCACUGGGAAAUUGCGUAGCAAUCUUAUCAUCUCUUGCGACUCCGGAGCAAUCUAUGGCUAUCAUGGAUCUUAUAGAAGCACGUUGGGAAGAGCUAGUUGGGGAGAUGCCUCUGAAGAUUGCUUAUCCAGCAAUAGAAAGCCAUGAAUGGAGAAUAGUGACAGGUUGUGAUCCCAAAAAUACCCGGUGGAGCUAUCACAAUGGAGGAUCUUGGCCAGUCCUGCUCUGGUUGCUCACUGCUGCCUGCAUAAAGACUGGGAGGCCGCAGAUUGCUCGACGGGCCAUCGAGUUGGCAGAAAGCAGGCUUCUAGUUGAUAGCUGGCCGGAAUAUUAUGACGGGAAACUUGGAAGAUACAUAGGAAAGCAAGCUCGAAAGUUUCAGACAUGGUCAAUUGCAGGAUAUUUGGUUUCAAAGAUGAUGUUGGAGGACCCCUCUCACUUGGGGAUGAUCUCUCUUGAAGAGGACAAGCAAAUGAAGCCUCUCAUCAAGAGAUCCACAUCCUGGACGUGCUAAGUAAGGAUCCGUUGAAAGAUAAAUUGUUGUUGUUUUUGUAGCAGAGGCACGAGUUUCAUUGCUUUCUAUGGAGUCUAAAUGCAUCGUCUAAUAAAUAUUUAAAACGUCUUGGACAUUCUUAUGAAUUUUGAGCUUCUAUCUUCUAAUGGAGGAUCCAGGUGCUUGUAGUUUUUCGAAGUGGUUGUUUGAAGAAAACCCUGGAAAUUGUUUGCUCAGUCUGGUUUUACAGGCUGUUUAUGACUUCUGAUAUCUACGGCAAGCCUUGCACAUUGCGAGCAGCCGACGACCUCCGAGCCGCUGUAACACGGGUCGUCUGGUCGCUCAACAGAGCACUGGCAAGAACAGGGUGUACUAAUUUCUGUAUUUCUCUCCGACCAUAAAUCGACUUUUGUGUUUU